GGAAAAUGGGGGCUGGCUGGUCGACCAGUAGUCAACAUUAUUCAUCAGCUGCACUCCGCAUCAUUCAGCGUUGCUCUGUCCCCAUUACUUUUCUGAGGGCUCCAAGCUAGGCGUACGGCUCUACGGCGAGAGCUACUGGAGCUGCAAUCUUGAGACCCGCGCAGCGCUGCGCAACAUUCGCUAGCCAUGUCGCGCGCAGCCAAGGCGACGCUGGGCCUCUCUGUCGUCCUGUCGGCGGCAACCGUCUGGGGCGUGCACUACAUGCAGGUACAAGAGCGCGAGGUCAUGCACAAGGGGGUAGAGCGCGACACGGCGCGGCUCGAGGAGAAGCGGCGCCAGCGGGCGCUGGACCUCGAAAGGAAUCGGGCAAGAGAAGAAGAGUUCCAAAAGAUGCAGCCCACAAAGGGAUGGCUGGCCGGGCGCUUUGGGGGGAGUACGCCAGCAAGUCCGGAAAAGGCGCCCUCAUGAUUGAGGAGGCAGCAAAACAGCAGCAGGCGCGUGACGAGCUCAGUGACUCGACACCCUCACGCACACAUUGGCACAGUUCUCAGCAUUAUGCGCAUUUGUACUACUACUCCUGUUUCAUCACUUCCACCAACAUUGGCAUAAAUGGCAAGGCGAGAGCGCCGAGG